GCCCCGCGCAUCCAUGCGCUCUCUCUCUCUCCCGUUUCCUCCCUUUGGCUGCACUCAGUUCUUGCUGGCUGGCGAUGUAACGCGGCGCUUCUUGCGGUGCUCCUCGCUUUUCUUCCACCUUUUCUCCGGCGUUGCGAUUCCUUUCCUCCCCGAUCGCCUGCCAAAGUGGGGAGGAGGAAUUCGGGACCCACUCUUUCCCGGACUCUCUCCGCGGGGGAAAUCUUCUGCCGCAGCCGGAUCCGUGGGUCCCCCCCCCCUGGAAUCGAGGUAGCGUCAACCUUCGGCCAUGACCGACACGGUGGUCGGCAAUAGCAGCAGCCAGUGGAUGUAUCAGAACGACCGGCAGAUGGCCCUGCGAGGCGGAGCCCCCGGCAGGUGGUCGCCCCAUGGGAACCAGCCGGAGCCAGGACGGAAGGCCGAGGAACUCACCGAUGAGGAGAAAGAGAUCAUUAACCGGGUCAUCGCUAGAGCUGAGAAGAUGGAGGAAAUGGAGCAGGAGCGGAUUGGACGGCUCAUGAACCGCCUGGAGGACAUGCGCCGGAACGUGGCGGGCGACGGCGUGAACCGGUGCAUUCUCUGUGGCGAACAGCUGGGACACCCGGGGUCAAUGAGCGUGGUGUGUGAAGACUGUAAAAAGAACGUCUGCACCAAGUGUGGCAUCAAGACGACCAACAACCAACCCCACUCCAUAUGGCUGUGCAAGAUCUGCAUCGAACAGAGAGAGGUAUGGAAGCGCUCGGGCGCCUGGUUCUUCAAGGGUCUGCCGAAGCAGAUGCUCCCAGAGCCCAUGCCGAUCAGCAAGACCAAGCCCCAACCGGCAGCCCCUGAAUCGGCUCAGGAGCCUAAGCCGCAUCCCCAUCAGCAGAACCAAGGCCCGGCUGAAGGCGUCCCGCUGGUGGAGCAGGAAGCCUAUGGCACGGAGCCACCAGCCGUGGCUUCCAGUCGUGGAAAUUAUGCCCAACGGAACCGCAAAGCUUCCGAGGCCAGGAUGGCACCGAGCGGCAGCGAAUACCCGGGCGACGGGAGCGCCGAAAGCCGAGACUACGUGGCUGAGAAUGAAGUCCACCAGAGCCCUGGGGGUAUCAGGCGCGCCGAAUCCGUCCAAGCGGCAGGUGCGAGGCCCUCUCCUCCAGCUUCUGCCCAGUCGAGGCAGCCGGUCGAACAAGGUCCUCCCGGAGGGAUGAGACAAGGCCCCGCUGGCCGCUACCCAGAAAGACAAGGAAGCCUUUCGGCAGCGUCUCCUCCAGCCGACGUGGGCUAUUCCGCUUCUGGAGCGCCCAGGGAUGAGCGGCCCGUACGCCAGGUGGCACCGUAUAGCCAAGCUGCCGCCCCACCGGUGGCACCCACACCGUCGAGGCAGGCUCCUCAAGAAGAUGACGACGACGAAGCCAACAGCUAUGACUCGGACGAAGCAACCACCCUUGGUGCUUUGGAGUUCAGCCUGCUAUACAACCAGGAUAACAGCUCCCUGCACUGCACCCUCAUCAAGGCAAAGGGGCUGAAGCCGAUGGACUCCAAUGGGCUGGCCGAUCCUUACGUGAAACUCCAUCUGUUGCCAGGCGCCAGCAAGUCCAACAAAUUGAGGACCAAGACCUUGAGAAACACUCGGAAUCCCAUGUGGAACGAGACGCUCGUCUACCACGGCAUUACCGACGAAGACAUGCAGAGAAAGACGCUCAGGAUCUCCGUCUGUGACGAGGACAAAUUUGGCCACAACGAAUUCAUCGGCGAGACGAGGGUGGCGCUGAAGAAGCUGAAGCCAAACCAGAAGAAGAAUUUUAACAUUUGCCUGGAGAAAGUCAUCCCGAUGAAGCGCGCCGGGACGACUGGAUCAACGCGAGGCAUGGCCUUAUAUGAAGACGAGGCGGACCAAGGGGGUGACGUGGAGGAGCGAGGGAAGAUCCUGGUCUCCCUCAUGUACAGCACCCAGAAAGGGGGCCUGGUUGUUGGCAUCGUUCGCUGCGUCCACUUGGCGGCCAUGGAUGCCAACGGCUACUCCGACCCGUUUGUGAAAAUCUGCUUGAAACCUGACAUGGGGAAGAAAGCGAAGCACAAGACGCAAAUUAAGAAGAAGACGUUGAACCCAGAAUUUAACGAGGAAUUUUUCUAUGAUGUCAAACACGGUGACCUAGCCAAGAAAUCCCUGGAUAUAUCGGUUUGGGAUUAUGACAUCGGGAAGUCAAAUGAUUAUAUUGGUGGGUGCCAGCUGGGCAUCACGGCCAAGGGCGAACGCUUGAAACACUGGUACGAGUGCCUGAAAAACAAAGAUAAGAAGAUUGAGCGCUGGCACACCUUACAAAACGAGAACCAUGUGUCCAGCGAUUAGGGUGGGGGCCCUUCCUGGUCUGACAACACCUCUCCCCGUCCCGUAGAUUUCCAAGCAUCCUGUCUUCCAGUCCAUUUUGUGUUCCUUUGACUCCUCGGGGACGGGGGUGGGGGGAGAGAAUAAGUUUCCAUCUCCCGGCUUCCCCCUUUCCCCGGAGCAGCUUUCUCCUCCUCUUUCCUGCCAUUCCCACAACCACGAUCUACCGGGUUGAUUUUUCGGUUUGGUUAGCGUGGCACGUUUCCGUCGCCCUCUCCUGCCACGGGUGCAUUGAUGUCCAGAUUUUUCUUCCUUUCUUCUUUUCCCAAGCAAUAUCCCAACACCGAAACUUUAAAAAGGAGUCCUCUGCUUUUUCGGCAGCCGGGCGUCACCCUCUUUGUCUUCUUUUUUCUCUGAUGCCGUUGUGCUUUCUUCUUCUCUGGCCGAAGGAUAUUCUUUAAGUGGCCUUGAAUUUUCCUGCUUGCCUUCCUCUGGUUUCCAUCUCUGCAUGUGGGAAAAAAACCCUCUGUUUUUCUGAGCCUCGUCCUCCCUUGGCACCUUUCUGCGUUUCCUUUUCUCUUGACUGCCGUGGAAAAUACUUCUAGCAUCACCAACGGGGAAAUGCACGUCUCCGGUUUGUUGGCCCGGCUGCUUUGAGCAUGGGGGCAGCCGGUUCAACCGAGAACUACAAACAGCUGGAUUGCUUGAAGCCUUUCGAAACCAACAUCCGGGCUUUCUUAAACAGAAGAAACAGUUUCUGUUGGGGGUUUUCUCCUUUCCGUGUCUCUGAAUUUUGGGUUGUUCUCCCUCCCCGGCCAUGCACUCUUUGCUCCCAAAUCCUGCGCCGUCAACGUAAUCCUUGAGAACGGCAUGUUUCAUUCCUGACGGGCGCCUUGUAGCAGUUCCCCGGAACGCCUCGUCCGGACACUUCCAAGAAGGGAAGGUUGACAUCUUUCCCUGGUCGGCAACUAGACGGGCUGGAGGACCAAAAUGGAAAUACGUUGUGAUUAUCUUUUGCUCCGCCAUGACUGGCCGACUGGCCGAGAUCUGUUGAUGACAGGCUUCCCUAGGGGUUAUGUCCUUCUGGGGGGGGUGUUAGCAGGUUCUUUGAACGAGAAAAGACAACCGAUGUACUUUAAAAAGUACUUUAAAAAGAUGGAGGCGGCCUUCUCAUAUUGAAACCUGACAGAGGAAGCAUGGAAAAAGCUUUUGACCUCCCUCCAUCACCAGCCUUAAAUGUUCAGUGGUAUCAUCUCUUCCUGCUCAGACCAAGGGGUGUACAUUUUAACAAAACUCCGGCAGUAUCAUGAGACACCCCUCUCCAAGUCCCUCAUCUUUAGCCACAAUACAUUUUCUGCUUCCCAGAUCCGCAAUCAUCUAUGUCAUUGGCCCUGAGAAUCAUCUCGCCUUCUUUUCCUGAAUUAUUCAUCGUAGCUUUGCAUCCGGGUGGCCUAACGCUUUGCUCGGUAGCUUGGAAAAGUUACUGGAGAGGUGUGUGCAAAUAUUCCCCAUACCAUCAGAGACCACAACUAGAUAUUUCCAGGAGGAUCUCAGAAGGGUGGUCUCUUGAAGGACGGGACCAGCUCGUGCUGACAUUACCAUUACUUCUUCCCAGGUAUUAAGAGAGCAAUUUUAUCCAGUGCCUUGAACAUGGAAGUGAAGGGAAAAGGCUUCACCCAGAUUAGACUGUUUACUUCUCUCCUCUUGCAUCGUUUCCUUUUUUCACACGAGUGGUGGAUCUCCCGCUUCUCAGGCUGCCAAGAUCCUUUCCAGGCUUGGGGAAGUCCUGCUGGUUUUGCGGAUGCCAGGGGAGAAUUCUUGACCCAUUAUAUGCUCAGGAACACCUAGCCCACGUGGCCGAGCCAGCCUCUUCCUCUGCCUGGAUUGUGGGGUCUCAGUGUGUACUUCUAUUCACUUCUAGUAUAUGAUUUCCUCCCUCUGCCAGGGUUAAAAGGAUGCGAAGGGUCGUGGAUCUCCCCAAGGAAUUGGAGGAAAUGGGCAAAGCCACAAUGGGGUGACUAACAAUGGCUACACGCACCGUCAGCACAGAGGAUGCCAAUACCUCGUCGCACAUGCCGUCUCUUUAUUGCCAAACUGAAAGAAAUCUUUCCAAAUUGUCCACCGAGGUGAGGUCAAAUGAGGUUGUGUCCGCAUCUAGGAAAGAAGCCCCCAUAACUGCACCGGAUAUUAUUCUCCUCUUUUGUCAGGUCUCCUUUCUCCUCUCUCCUACGAGCCCGGGGAAGGCUUCCAUCUUUGAACGACAGGUGUGUUUUCUCAGGUUCCCCCCCACCCCCGUCGGUGCCGUUUUUGUAAGCCCGGAGUGAAAAUCCUCGUCUCCAAAAGAAAAGGAAGAAGAAAACCCUGUCCUUCGCCCCUCCCAAGAUGGUUUCCCCCCUUUCUUCUGCUGCUUCUCUUCCUCUUGGCAGUUUAUGACCUUUUGAACGAUACUCCCCUUUCUUUGUACAUAACGCAUGCACGUAGGGCUCAGGAACGGUGCCUCCCCCCUCCCCAUAACCCCCCUCCCCAGUCUGACCCCAUCCCUCCCUUUCAACAAGUGCAUUCUGUUCAGCAUGCAAUGACGUUCACCACGAAAAACAAUCCAAUCAUUUCCUUCUAACUAUUUAUCCGGCAACUGGGCUACCGAGAAACAGAAAUGCGUCCCUCCCCCUGGUUUUCCACUGCAUGCAGGUGUGACCCUCCCUCCCCGGCCUCUUCAUGCCAUACCUAAUAAAGUGACAAAAAAGGGGG